AUGUCAUAUUUCGAGUUACAAUCCUCGAACACCUGUUGGAAAGCAGAACAUGAUGGCUCAGAUAUCACUGUUAUAAGGUUCUCUCCUAAUGGUAGACAGCUUGCCGUCGGCACAUUCAAUGGUAAUGUCUAUGUUCGAGAUGCGAUUACAUCUAGAUUGAUGUACAAGAUCGAUGUUUUGCACACAUCAAAUCCAAUAACAUCAAUUAAGUGGCAUCCAAAGAUAGAUAAUGCCUUCUUAUGCUCAUCAGCUUCUGGAUAUGUUUCCUUGUGGCAUACUGAGACAGGACAAAAUCUUUGGAUGGUCAAGGAACAAGGAAAUGAAACAAGUUCAAUUGCCAUUUCUCCGUCAGGAACCCAAUUUACGACGGUCGGAUCAGAUAAGACAGUUAGAAUAUACGCAAUUCAAAAACACGUUUUACUCCAUGAGUUCUCAGCUCGUUCCUACGAUCAAGGUACCGUGACAGGCCAUCAAUCCAGAAUUUAUGCUGCAGCAUACCAGAACGAUGAUGUUGUUGCAACAUGUGGAUGGGAUGAUACAGUUCUCUUCUGGGAUAUUCGUACAGGUAAAGUCGAAAGGACAAUUUUCGGUCCACAUCUCAGUGGAGAGUCAAUGGCUUUCGUUGGAAACAAACUCAUAGCAGGAUCCAAUAGAGCAGAAGACCAAUUACAAAUGUUUGAUAUCGGAACUGGCAAAUGCGAAAAAUCAAUUUCAAUUGGACGUGGAGGUGAAUCUCUUUUAAUUUACUCCCUCGGUGUUACAACAGAUGAGAAGUUUGUUGGCGUUUGCGGUGGUGGUCUUAAGAAACUUCACUUUUACCGUUCAUCAGACCUCGAUUUAGUUGCACAAACAGAGAUAUUUGAUACUCCUCUAAUGACAGUUCAUUUCAGUGAAUCCAACUUUGGUGUUGGUCUCGGAAAUUCAAAGGUUCUUGUUGAUAAAUAUGCUAUUGACUAA